AGAUUGAACUAUCAUUUUUGAUUGUGGGUCACACCCAUGAGGACAUCGACUCAUAUUUCCAUAAGAUUGCUGAUGGUCUCAGACAGCAAGAGGCAGAGACGAUGGAUGAUCUUCUUUCGCUAUUGAAGAACGGGCAAAGAAUAAACGUCGUCUAUAAUUUCCGUAAGUGGAUAGAACCACACCUCGAUGAAAUAAAACAUCACACCAAGCCAUUGCAUUUUAAAUUUAUUAAGACGUCAAAUGGCGUGAAAUUACUUUAUAAGGGGCUCCAUACUCAACCAUGGGUUGAGGCACCCUCAAUUUUAAAAACGCUUCCACAGGGAGAACCGGACAUACAGACACCAAAUUUCGAGAAAUUGAAUAUUGAUGGAAUACAACGCAACCAAAGAUUUUUACGACCACUAUACAGUGACCAAAGGGACGGCAGCCAAUAUAUCUGGUGGCAAAAGUAUAUUAAGCAUGUACGAGCCCUUCUCGCAUCAGAUGAAUUGGUGAACCAAUAUCUACUGAGAAACAAAAAACAGUGGAUGCUUGAUGGGUUACCAAAACUGUCAGCUGAGGAGGAUACCAACAUAGAUUCAGCCAUUCCCAUCGAAAUUGCCAGAAUGUUGGAAAUAGAACAAGAACAACCAUCGGUGAGUGGUGUGAUUACAAAGGUUGUUUUUAACUAUAUUCAGGAGUACUGUUUAAUGUACGUAUGUGAAUAACACGCAGAAAUAUAAUGUACAUGUAUAUAGAGAUUAACCUAUGUACUGUAUAUGAGAUUCAGGAUAUUGGGAUUAUCCCGAUAUCAUGAACCGACUAUAGGAUGAUCUGUUUAUUCCAUACCAAUAUUGGCCACGUUGUUAAAUUGGCCGGAGUUCAGAAAAUGUCCAUCCAACCGUAAAGAUUAUUUUAGAAUAGCCAUGUCCAGUUUUGUUUUCUUGGCAGUGGCCG